UUCCCGGAAGUUGAUGGCCUUACAGUCGUGGAACUGAUUGGCUGAUCAUGACCGUGCAGUUAGCCAGGGUUUUCCCGAGUUGUUUGGGUUGAGUUCAGGAGAAGCAUGGCCAGGUCGAGUCGGUACCUGCGCCAACUUCAGGGACCUCUGCUCCCACCCAGGGAUCUGGUGGAGGAGGACGACGACUACCUAAACGACGACGUGGAGGAGGAUGAAGAGUCCGUGUUCAUCGACGCCGAGGAGCUCUGCAGUGGGGGCGUAAAGGCUGGCAGCCUCCCCGGUUGCCUCCGCGGUGAGGAAGCCGCCUGCCCGGGGGAUGGGGUUGGAAGGUCCAACGUAGCGCUUCCCAUUCUGGCUUUGCCCUGAGCAAGGCACCCAGUCGUGCUAACAGAUUUAGCUUCUCAGUGGUCUAGCUGCUUCAUCCUACUAAGGGUAAAAUUAUAGCUAUAAUAAUAGCAGUGACUUUAAUUGGACACAUACUAUGUGGUUUUUUUUUUUGAGCAGCAGCAAGAUUUAUUGCAAAGAGCGAAAGAACAAAGUUUCCACAGUGUGGAAGGGGACCCGAGCGGGUUGCCCUUUUUUUUUUUUUUUUAAUUAUUCUCAUUUUAAUGUUCGUCCUUCGAGGUAGUUUUACGCUUGAGGAAACAGUGGAUGUUGAGUCUCUAUUUUCACCCAGAAUCGGAACUUUUAUUUUUCUUUCUGACCACUUAUCCUCAAGUUCUAUAGAAUGAGAACUUGUAAUACAUUAUCCUAUAUUGCCUGGAGUCAAAUACGUGGUUCUUCCUCAGCUUCUUGGAAAAACAAAACAGUCCGGGCGCGGUGGCUCACGCACUUUGGGAGGCCGAGGCAGGUGGAUCACUUGAGGUCAGGAGUUCGAGAGCAGCCUGACCAACAUGGUGAAACCUGUCUCUAGUAAAACAACAAUAACAACAACAAAACUACAAAAUUAGCCCGGCGUGAUGUCGCACACCUGUAAUCCUAGCUACUUGGGAGGCUGAGGCGGGAGAAUUGCUUGAACCCAGGAGGUGGGGGUUCCAGUGAGCUGAGAUCACACCAUUGCACUCUGGCCUGGGCAACAAGAACGAAACUCCAUCUCAAAAAAAAAAAAAAAAAAAAAAGGAAAGAAAAGAAAAAGAAAAACAAAACACAAGGAACACCUCAGUGCACCGAUGAUUGUUAACUGUUUCAAUUUGUGAUGAAAACACACAAGAGACAUGUAAAGUGUUUGGACGUUUUCCGAUAACAGGUGCUUGGUGGAGAGUGAAGGUACAAGUAAAGCCUGUGGUGGGAUCAAGGAGCUAUCAAUAUCAAGUUCAAGGAUUUCCAUCUUACUUUUUGCAGUCUGAUAUGUCACCACCAAAUCAAAAACAUAUCUGUGCUCUCUUUCUUAAAGAGUGUGAGGUCUCCAGUGAUGUUGUUAAUAAAUUUUUAACAUGGGUAAAGGAGGUAUCAAACUAUGAAAACUUAAACUUUGAAAAUCUUAGGGAAACACUAAGAACUUUCCACAAGGAAACUGGCAAGAAAGAUCACAAGCAGCCUGCACAGAAUGGUCAGGAAGAGUUGUUCCCAGACAAUGAGAUGAGUCUUCCUCUGGAAAAUACAAUUCCAUUUAGAAAUGUAAUGACAGCUUUGCAGUUUCCGAAAAUAAUGGAAUUCCUUCCGGUUCUUCUGCCUCGACACUUUAAAUGGAUCAUAGGGUCAGGUUCUAAAGAGAUGUUGAAAGAGAUAGAAGAGAUUUUAGGUACACAUCCAUGGAAACUUGGAUUUAGUAAAAUAACCUACAGAGAGUGGAAACUCUUGCGAUGUGAGGCAAGUUGGAUAGCAUUUUGUCAGUGCGAGUCUCUUCUCCAGCUGAUGACUGAUUUGGAGAAGAAUGCAUUAAUAAUGUAUUCCAGACUGAAGCAGAUAUGUAGAGAACAUGGGCACACAUAUGUUGAAGUGAAUGACUUAACUUUGACAUUGUCAGAUCAUAUGUCAUUUCAUGCUGCUUCAGAGUCUCUGAAGUUUUUGAAGGAUAUUGGUGUGGUGACAUAUGAGAAGUCCUGUGUCUUCCCUUAUGACCUUUACCAUGCUGAAAGAGCCAUUGCCUUUUCAAUUUGUGACCUGAUGAAGAAACCUCCUUGGCAUUUAUGUGUCGAUGUCAAAAAGGUGCUUGCCUCUAUUCACACUGCAAAACCUGAGAAUUCAAGUGAUGAUGCAUGGAAUGAGAGCAAACCUGAUGAAGUAAGAUUAGAAAAUCCUGUGGAUGUUGUGGACACACAGGACAGUGGUGACCAUAUUUGGACUAAUGGUGAAAAUGAAAUUAAUGCAGAAAUAAGUGAAGUUCAGCUGGAUCAGGAUCAGGUUGAAGUUCCACUGGAUCAGGAUCAGGUGGCUGCUUUGGAAAUGAUUUGCACCAAUCCUGUGACAGUCAUAAGUGGGAAAGGUGGAUGUGGGAAGACCACAAUCGUUAGCCGUCUUUUUAAGCAUAUGGAGCAGUUGGAAGAAAGAGAAGUAAAAAAAGCCUGUGAAGAUUUUGAACAAGACCAGAAUGCUUCAGAAGAAUGGAUUACCUUUACUGAGCAAAGUCAACUAGAGGCAGGCAAGGCUAUAGAAGUUUUGCUUACAGCACCUACAGGGAAAGCAGCUGGCUUACUAAGACAGAAAACUGGUCUUCAUGCCUACACACUGUGUCAGGUCAAUUAUAGCUUCUAUUCAUGGACUCAAACAAUGAUGACCACAAACAAACCAUGGAAAUUUUCUUCGGUUAGAGUUCUGGUUGUGGAUGAAGGGAGUUUGGUAUCUGUAGGAAUCUUCAAAUCGGUCUUAAAUUUAUUGUGUGAGCACUCCAAACUUUCUAAGCUUAUUAUCCUUGGUGACAUUAGACAGUUACCCAGUAUUGAACCUGGUAACUUGCUGAAAGAUCUUUUUGAGACUCUUAAGUCAAGAAAUUGUGCUAUUGAGCUAAAGACAAACCAUAGAGCAGAAUCUCAGCUAAUUGUGGACAAUGCUACAAGAAUCUCAAGACGCCAAUUUCCAAAAUUUGAUGCAGAACUAAAUAUCUCUGAUAAUCCAACAUUACCCAUCUCAAUUCAAGAUAAGACAUUUAUUUUUGUCAGGCUCCCAGAAGAGGAUGCCAGUUCUCAGUCAUCUAAAACUAAUCAUUACUCUUGUUUAUAUUCUGCAGUUAAAACUUUACUGCAAGAAAAUGACUUACAAAAUGCAAAAACAUCACAAUUUAUUGCAUUUAGAAGGCAAGACUGUGAUCUAAUUAACGACUGCUGCUGCAAACACUACACAGGCCACCUCACCAAAGACCAUCAGAAUAGACUUGUAUUUGGAAUUGGCGAUAAAAUUUGUUGUACCAGGAAUGCAUACCUCUCAGACUUACUACCUGAAAAUAUCUCUGGAAGUCAGCAACAUAAUGAUCUAGAUGCCAGUGGUGAAGACUUUUCUGGUACUCUUCAUGAUUUUGCUAAAAAUAAGCAUGACUUUGAAAGUAAUGUUCGACUGUGCAAUGGAGAAAUAUUUUUCAUAACAAAUGAUGUAACUGAUGUAACUUUUGGAAAGAGAAGAUCUUUGACCAUUAAUAAUAUGGCUGGCCUGGAAGUAACUGUGGAUUUUAAGAAACUAAUGAAAUAUUGUCGCAUAAAACAUGCAUGGGCAAGAACUAUUCACACUUUUCAGGGGUCCGAGGAGCAAACAAUUGUCUAUGUGGUGGGGAAGGCGGGCCGCCAGCACUGGCAGCAUGUCUACACCGCCGUGACCAGGGGCCGCUGCCGAGUGUAUGUGAUUGCAGAGGAGUCUCAGCUCCGGAAUGCCAUUAUGAAAAACAGUUUUCCUAGAAAAACUCGUUUGAAACAUUUCUUGCAAAGUAAGCUCUUCUCUAGCGGUGCACCUCCAGCAGAUUUUCAGUCCCCACAGAAGAGCUCUGGAGACAGUGGAGGACCCAGCACACCAUCAGCAUCUCCACUCCCUGUAGUCACAGACCACACCAUGAUAAAUGAUGUCACCUGGAGCGAGGCCUGUUUGCCUGAUGAGAGGACACUCACCUUUGCUGAAAGAUGGCAAUUAUCUUCGCCUGAUGGAGUAGAUACAGAUGAUGAUUUACCAAAAUCGCGAGCCUCCAAAAGAACCUGUGGUGUGAAUGAUGAUGAAAGUCCAAGCAAAAUUCUUAUGGUGGGAGAAUCUCCACAAGUGUCUUCCAGACUUCAGAAUUUGAGACUGAAUAAUUUAAUUCCCAGGCAACUUUUCAAGCCCACAGAUAAUCAAGAAAGUUAGUUUUAUUUCAAAUUGUUCAGAGUAACUAUUUUUUUCUAUUGGAGACAAAAUGAACAUCGUAACGUCAAAGUACCAAGAUAAAAAAAGUUGCCUAUAACUGGAGUUUUAAGGUAUUUGUGUUAGCAAAUGUUUUAAAUCCAUUUAAUCGAAGAAAAUAUUAAUGAUUUCAACGCAUGUCAUCAUGAGAACUGGUAGCAAUGGACAUAAGUGAAGAGAUUAGAUAUUUUAUAUACAUAUAUAUUUUUAUACAAUUAUGUACAUUAAGCCAGGCACAGUGGCUCAUGCGUGUAAUCCCAGCACUUUGGGAGGCUGAGGCAGGUGGAUCACCAGAGGCCAGGAGUUUGAGACCAGCCUGACCAACAUGAUGAAACCCCAUCUCUACUAAAAAUGCAAAAAUUAUCUGGGUGUGGUAGCACGUGCCUGUAAUCUCAGCUACUCAGGAGGCUGAGGCAGGAGAAUCGAUUGAACCUGGGAGGUGGAGGUUGCAGUGAGCUGAGAUCGCACCACUGCACUCCAUCCUGGGUGGCAGAGAAAGACUCCGUCUCCAAAAAAAAAAUUAUGUACAUUAAAACAUGUUGUAUUUUUAGGAUAAUGCCUUCGUAACUUUGAUGAUCGUUGUGUGUUAUCUUUGCCAAUGGGUUGAAGCAGUGGCAAAGAAAAGCUGUAAUUACAUCUGUUGAUAUUAUUGACACGCCUCCUAGGAUGUUGGAAUGUGGUCAUUUUACAAGACUGCUGCUCACUCCAUCACUGCUGCCUGGGGCCCAGCCUACCUGGGACUUUUCCUUGGAAAUGCUUUCUGAGUUGGGAGCACAUUAUUUUGAAUAUGUUCCACUUAGGAAGUUUUUUUCUCCCUCAGAAUCAUUUGAUUUUUAAAUUUUUAUUUAUGUUAAAUGGUAAAAGAAAAAGUCAAGAGGAAAAAUGUAUCUGUUAGCCCAUUUAUGCCUAGUGGUCCAUCAUUGGGACACUAAACAUGUGAGAGUUAUUUAUAUCCCACUGCUCAAAGUCAUCACCAACGUCUGAUUGCAAAAAUUCAGAAAGUUGCAACCUCAGGCAUAAAUGGUUAAUAGCUUUAUUGAGAUAUAAUUCACAUUCAUUUCACCCAUUUUAAGUAUACAAUUCAGUGGCUUUUAGUAUAUUCAUCAAAUUGGACAACUACCAUUAUAAUCAAUUUUAGAACUUGUUUUUUUUUUAGUGAUAGAGACAAGGUCUCACUAUGUUUCCCAGGUUGGUCUCGAACUCCUGAGCUCAAGUGAUCCUCCCACAUUGGCCUCCCAAAGUGUUAGGAUUACAAGUGUGAGCCAGCAUGCCCAACUUGGAACAUUUUCAUACCCCACAAAGAAACCUCACACUCUGGCCAGGCAUGGUGGCUCAUGCCUGUAAUCCCAGCACUUUGGGAGGCCGAGGUGAGCAGAUCACCUGAGGUCGGGAGUUCGAGACCAGCCUGACCAACAUGAAGAAACCCCGUCUCUACUAAAAAUACAAAAUUAGCCGGGAAUGGUGGUGCAUGCCUGUAAUCCCAGCUACUUGGGAGGCUGAGGCAUGAGAAUCACUUGAACCCAGGAGGGAGGUUGAGGUUGCGGUGAGCCGAGUCACGCCAUUGCACUCCAGCCUGGACAAUAAGAGCAAAACUCCGUCUCAAAAAAAAGAGAAACCUCACACUCCUUAGCAGUAAUCCCCUGACUUCCCCCAACCCUAGGUAACCUGAUUUACCUAGUCCCAAUAGACUUGCCUAUUGAGGACAUGUGGUUCUUUGUUCCUGACUUAUUUGACUAGCAUAAUGUUUUCAGACUCCAUCCGUGUUGUACCAGUAAUGUGUCAGUGCUUCGUCUCUUUUAUUGCCAAAUAAUAUCCCAGUAUAUGGAUAAAGGACAUUGAAUUUGCCCAUUCAUCAGUUGAUGGACAUUUAUUUGGGUUAUUUCCUACUUUUUGGCUAUUAUGAAAUGCUGCUAUGAACAUCUGUGUGUAAGUUUUUAUGUGGACAUAUGCUUUCACUUCUUUUGGGUGUAUAACUAGGAGUAGAAUUGAUGGGUCAUAUGGUAACUCUAUGUUUAACAUUUUGAGGCACUGCCAGACUUUUUCCAAACCAGCCGCACCAGUUUAUAUUCUCACCAGCAGUGUAUGAGAGUUCCAGUUUCUCCCUAUUCUCUCCAACGUUUAUUAUCAUCUGACUUCUUGAUUAUAGCCAUCCUAGUGGGUAUGAAGUAGUAUUUCAUUGUGGUUUUGAUUUGCAUUUUUCUUAUGGCUAGUGAUGUUGAACAGCUUUCAUGUGACUAUUGGCCAUUUGUAUGUCCCCUAGAGAAAUGUAUAUUCAGAUCUUUUGCACACUUUUAAAUUGGAUAGUUUUUCUUUCUAUCACUGAAAUCUGUAUUAGUGAGGGUUCUCCAGAGGGAUGGAACCAAUAGGAUAUAUGUGGAUAUAAAAGGGACUUUAUUAGUGUAUAAGUUAGGGUACCCUAGAGGGACACAACUAAUAGGAUAUAUAUAUGUGUGUGUAUGGGCGGGGGAGUUUAUUAAGUAUUAACUUACAUGAUCACAAGGUCCCACAAUAGGUUCUCUGCAAGCCUGAGGAGUGAGAAGAGCCAGUUGGAGUCUCAGAACUGAAGAACUUGGAGUCUGAUGUUUAAGGGCAGGAAGCAUCCAGCACAGGAGAAAGAUGUAGGCUGGAGGCUAGGCCAGUCUCGCCUUUUCACGUUUUUCUGCCUGCUUUAUAUUUGCUGGCAGCUGGUUAGAUUGUGCUCACCAGAUUAAGGGUGGGUCUGCCCUCCCCAGCCCACUGACUCAAAUGUUAAUCUCCUUUGGUAACACCCUCAAAGACACACCCAGGAUCAACACUUUGCAUCCUUCAAUCCAAUCAAGUUGACACUCAGUAUUAACCAUCAGAGUAAGAGAGAAUUGGCUCACACGAUUAUAAAGCAAAGUCCCACGAUAGGCCAUCUGCAAGCUGGGGAAGGAGAGAAGCUGAUAGUAUGGCUCAGUCCAAGUCUGAAAGCCUCAAAACCAGGGACGCUGACAGUGCAGCCCUCAGUCUGAGGCCAAAGGCCCAGGAGCCUCUGGGAAGCAAUUGGUGCAAGUCCCUGAGUCCAAAGGUGGAAAAACCCGGAGUCUGCUGUCCAAGGGCAGAAGGAGAGGAAGUCAAGCAUUCUGCACAGCACAGGAAGAAAGAGAGGGAGCAGACUCAGCAAGCAUGCUGCUUAUCUCCGUUCAUCCACCUGCUGUGUUCUAGCCUCACUGGCAGCCAACUCGAUGGUGCCCACCCACACUGAGGGUGGGUCUUCCUGUCCCACUCCACUAACUCCAAUGUCAGUCUCCACCAGCAACACCCUCACAGACACACAGGGGAACAAUGCUUAAUCAGCCAUCCAGGUGUCUCUCAAUCUAGUUGACACCUAAUAUUAACCAUCACAAAAUGUAAGAAUUCUUUAUAUUUUCAACAUUUAAGUCCAUUAUCAGAAACAUAAUUUGCAAAAUUUUCCUCCCAUUCUGUGAAUUUUAUUUUAAUUAACUUGAUGGUAUCUGAUAUGGUUUGGCUGUCUGUCCCCACCCAAAUCUCAUCUCACAUUGUAAUCCCCAUGUGUCCAGGAAGGGUCCUGGUGGGAGGUGAUUGGAUCAUGGGGGUGGUUUCCCCCAUGCUGUUCUGGUGAUGGUGAGUGAGUUCUCAUGAUAGCUGAUGGUUUUAAAGUAUGGCACUCCCGCCCCAACCCCCUUCUGCCACCUUGUAAAGAAGGUGCUUGCUUCUCCUUUACCUUUUGCCAUGAUUGUGGUUUUCUGAGGCAUCCCCAGCCAUGUGGAACUGUGAGUCAAUUAAACCUCUUUUCUUUAUAAAUUACUCAGUCUCAGGUGUGAAAAUGGACUAAUAAGUGUCCUUUGAGGCCCAAGUUUUAAAUUCUGAUGAUGACCACUGUAUCUAUUUUUGUUGUUGCUGCUGCUUGUGCUUUUGGUGUUAUAUCCAAGAAACUAUUGCCUAUCAAAAGUCAUGAUGAUUUACUACAAUUUUUUCUUCUAAUAAUUUACAAGUUUUGGCUCUUACACUUAGAUCUUUGAUUCACUUUUAGUUAAUUUUUGUAUAUGGUGUGAGGUAGGGAUCCCACUUUAUUCUUUUGCAUGUGACAAUUCAAUUGUUCAGCUCCAUUUAUUGAAGAGAUUAUUCUUUCCCCAUUGAAUUGUCUUGGUACCCUUGUCAAAAAUUAGUUGACUGUAAAUGUGAGGGUGUAUUUAUGGAUUUUAAAUUCUAUUCAAUUGAUUCAUGCAUCUUCUUUUUUUUGUUUGUUUUGAGACAGAGUCUUGCCCUGUUGCCCAGGCUGGAGUAUGGUGGCUCGAUCUCAGCUCACUGCAAGUUCCGUCUCCCAGGUUCACGCCAUUCUCCUGCCUCAGCCUCCCAAGUAGCUGGGACUACAGGCACCCACCACCAUGCCUGGCUAAUUUUUUUUGUAUUUUUAGUAGAAAUGGGAUUUCACCAUGUUAGCCAGAAUGGUCUCGAUCUCCUGACCUCAUGAUCUGCCCACCUUGGCCUCCCAAAGUGCUGGGAUUACAGGUGUGAGCCACUGUGCCCAGCCCGAUUCAUGCAUCUUUUUUCUUUUUCUUUUCUUUUUUUUUUUUUUUUUGAGAUGGAGUCUCACUCUGUCACCUAGGCUGGAGUGCAAUGGUGCCAUCUCAGCUCACUGCAACCUCCACCUCCUUGUUUCAAGCAAUUCUCAUGCCUCAGCCUCCCAAGUAGCAGGCAUUACAGGUGCCUGCCACCACGCCUGGCUAAUUUUUUGUAUUUUUAGUAGAGACGGGGUUUCACCAUGUUGGCCAGGCUGGUCUCAAACUCCUGACCUCAGAUGAUCCGCUUACCUUGGCCUCCCAAAGUGCUGGGAUUAUAGGCGUGAGCUACUGCGCCCAGCCCAUGUGUCUAUUCUAAUGCCAGCACCAUAUUGUCUUUAUUACUGUAGCUUUGUAGAAAGUUUUGAAAUUAAGAAGUGUGAGUCCUUCAACUUUAUUCUUCUUUUUCAAGUUUAUUUUGGCUAUUAGGGGUCCCUACAUUUCCACGUGAAUUUUAGGAUCUACUUGUCAGUUUCUGCAAAGAAGCAAACUGGAAUUUUGUUGAGGAGUGUGUUAAACCUACAGAUUUGGGAACUAUUGCCAUUUUAACAGUAUUAAAUCUUGUGACUCAUGAACACAGAUGUCUUUCCAUUUGCUUAGGAAAGACAGGCUGGAGUGCAGUGGUGCAAUCACAGCUCACUGCAGCCUCUACCUCUCAGGCUCAAGCAGUCCAACCUCCUCAACCAUCCCACCUCAACCACUCUUGUAGCUGGGACUACAGGCCUGCACCACCUCAUCUGGCUAAUUUUUGUAUUUUUUGCAGAGAUAGGGGUUCACCAUGCUGCCCAGGCUGGUCUCGAACUCCUGGACUCAGGCAAUCUGCCCACCUUGACCUCCCAAAGUGCUGGGAUUACAGGUGUGAGCCAUCAUGCUUGGUUCUUUAAUUCUUUGUAGUUUUCAGAGUAUAAGUUUUGUAUUUCUUUUAUUAAAUUUACAAUGCUUUUUGUUAAAUUUAUUUCAAAAUAUUUAAUUUUUUAUCCUGUUGUAAAUGGAAUUAUUUUCUUAAUUUAUUUUGGUUCAUUACUGCUACUAUAUAGAAAUGAAGUUGAUUUUUAUAUAUUGAUCUUGUAUCUUCCAACCUUGCUGAACUUGUUUAUUAGUUACAGUAGGUUUUUAGUGAAUUCCUUAGGAUUUUCUGUAUAAGAGAUCAUAUCAUCUGCAAAUAGAGAUGCUUUUAGUGCUUCCUUUUUAAUCUGUAGGCUUUUAAUUUCAUUUUCUUGCUAAUUGCCCUGGUUAGAGCCCCUGGUAUAUUGUUGAAUAGAAGUGGCAAGAGUGAAUAUCCUUGUCUUGUUCAUCAUAUUAGGGAGAAAGCAUUAAGUCUUCCACCAUUAACAGUGUUUGCUGUGGAUCUUUAAGUCCUUUAUUGAGAUGAAGAAAUUCUCUUUUGUUCCUAGGUUGUUGUAUAUGAAGGGACAUUGAAUUUCGUCAAAUCCUUUCUCUAUGUAUUGAGAUCAUUGUGUAGUUUUGUCCUUUAUUGAUGCAGUGUGGUAAUUUUUGGAUGUUAAAUCAAUCUCGCAUCCGUGGAGUAAAUCUCACUUGGUCAUAGUAUACAAUCCUUUGUAUGUGCUGCUGGAUUUGGCUUGCUGGUUUUUUGUUGGGGACUUUUGCAUCUAAAUUCAUGAAAGAUAUUGGUCUGUAGUUUCUUUUUCUUGCGAUGCCUUUGUUUGGUUUUGGUAUCAGAGUAAUAGUGACCACAUAGAAUGAGUUGUGAAGUGUCCCCUUGUCUUCUAUUUUGGAAGAGUUUGUGAGAAUUGGUAUUAACUCUUCUUUAAAUUAAUCUGGCCCUGGGCUUUUCUUUGUGGGAAGUUUUUGUUUUGUUUUGUUUUUGUUUUUUAAGAUGGAGUUUCACUCUUGUUGUCCAGGCUGGAGUGCAAUGGCACGAUCUCGGCUCACUGCAAACUCCACCUCCCAGGUUCAAGCAAUUCUCCUGCCUCAGCCUCCCAAGUAGCUGGGAUUACAUGCAUGUGCUACCAUGCCCAGCUAAUUUUGUAUUUUUAAUAGAGACAGGGUUUCUCCAUGUUGGUCAGGCUGGUCUCGAACUCCCAAACUCAGGUGAUCCACCUGCCUCGGCCUCCCAAAGUGCUGGGAUUACAAGCAUGAGCCACUGCACCCGGCAUGGGAAGUUUUAAAGCUACUGAUUAAAUUUAUUUACUUGUUAUAGGUGUAUUUAGCUUUUCUAUUUCUUCUUGAGUCAGUUUUGACAGUUUUUCUCUAGAAAUUUGCUCAUUUAAUCUAUGUUUUUUAAUUUUCUGACAUACAGUUGAUCAUAGUAUUCUUUUAUGGUUUUUAAAAUUUCUGUAAGGCUGGUAGUAAAGCCUCUGUUUCAUUCCUGAUUUUAGUAAUUUGAGUCUCUUUUUUUCUUGGUUUAGCUAAAAGUUUAUGAAUUUUAAUCUUUUUAAAGGACCAACUUUUGGUUUCAUUGAUUUUCUUUACUGUCUUCCUAUUCUCUAUUUCAUUAAUUUUAACUCUUGUCCUAUUACUUUUAGGAGGGCCUCUUAAGGAGGGGUUGUAUGCUGGCUUAAAUUGAGGGUUGGUCAAAGUUCAAAAGCCUGGGGGAAGGAAGCUUAAUAUUUUCUCUAGAUCAGUGAGUACAAGCAAUUCAGCUAAUCAUUUAUGAAGCAAAGAAUAGUAAUUUUCAGGGCAGUCUGUGUCUGAUUUUGUUAUAAGUAAAUGGGGGAAGGGAGAUGAACAUCUGUGAGUCUUAUCUAAGUCACCUGGGGAAGGAUGGUUCUUUAUAAUAAGCCAUUUCCUGGAACACGCAGGCGAUGGGCAGGGGGGUUACUACAACCUUAUAGAAAUAAAAUUUCUUUAACUCUGCCUAUAUUUCAGGGUAUAGUACUCAGGUAAAGCUUCACACUGUCAAGAAGAACUUGAAAAUACCUUUUUUCCAUAAAAACACAAUGAAACUAAUACUAUGUAACGGAAUAUUCCAAAGCACUAGUUCUUAUAUUAUAAAUGUACUAUUGGCCAAAAUACAAAUAACUGACCCAAUUCAAAAUUCUCUAAGAUUUCAUUAAGAUCCUUUUGUAGUUCAUAAGCCUGAUGCAUGGGUGUUCAUGCGCAUGUGUGAGAUGUGCCUCCCUCAAACCUUGUUAUGGUGCCAGCCCAUUACCGGUCUAUCAUGAAAAAAAAAAUAUUUCAGUAAGAGGAUACUUCUAGUAUCCUUUUUAAAAUUUAAAUUGGAAGCAAAUAGUAUUUCAUCCCAGCAUGUUAAAAUUGCAAGGGUCAUCUACCCCAGCUUACCAUUUGCUAAACACCCAUCAGUCACCAGUGGAACACACAUUUCCAAUGCUAAAGGUCUUGACUGCUUGGUGAAAACCACUUUGCAACACUGGUGUUGGAAAUUACUUCCUUAUAUUAAGCUGAAAUCUACCUCAUUGGAACCUCUGCUCAUAAGUCCUGAGUCUCAUGUAGUUCAGACCUUGUCUCUUCUGCCCCAUCUGGCUACUUAUCUCCAGUUUCUUCUGCCAGUCUUCUGGUGGCAUAGCCCCACGCCCUUUCAUUUCAUAGUUUGUCACAGCCCUUUUUAAGAGGACUGGGGUGCUCAGAACUUAUUGGCUGACCCUAGCUCUUCCUUUGGCCUGGUCACUAUAUUUGAAAAGUGCUACCUGAAAUCAUAAGAGCCUUUUUGUUUUUUUUUGUUUUUUUUUUAUGUUUAAAUGUUUUAUUAUAAAAGUUUAAACAUAUGCAAAAAUAGAGACUAAUUUAAUGAACUUUAUUAACCCAUCAUCUGGUUUUUUUUUUUUAUUCUUUUUUUUUUUAAAAUUAUUAUACUUUAGGUUUUAUGGUACAUGUGCGCAAUGUGCAGGUAAGUUACAUAUGUAUACAUGUGCCAUGCUGGUGCGCUGCACCCACCAACUCGUCAUCUAGCAUUAGGUAUAUCUCCCAGUGCUAUCCCUCCCCCCUCCCCCCACCCCUCAACAGUCCCCGAAGUGUGAUGUUCCCCUUCCUGUGUCCAUGUGUUCUCAUUGUUCAAUUCCCACCUGUGAGUGAGAAUAUGCGGUGUUUGGUUUUUUGUUCUUGCGAUAGUUUACUGAGAAUGAUGAUUUCCAAUUUCAUCCAUGUCCCUACAAAGGACAUGAACUCAUCAUUUUUUAUGGCUGCAUAGUAUUCCAUGGUGUAUAUGUGCCACAUUUUCUUAAUCCAGUCUAUCAUUGUUGGACAUUUGGGUUGGUUCCAAGUCUUUGCUAUUGUGAAUAAUGCCGCAAUAAACAUACGUGUGCAUGUGUCUUUAUAGCAGCAUGAUUUAUAGUCCUUUGGAUAUAUACCCAGUAAUGGGAUGGCUGGGUCGAAUGGAAUUUCUAGUUCUAGAUCCCUGAGGAAUCACCGCACUGACUUCCACAAGGGUUGAACUAGUUUACAGUCCUACCAACAGUGUAAAAGUGUUCCUAUUUCUCCACAUCCUCUCCAGCACCUGUUGUUUCCUGACUUUUUAAUGAUUGCCAUUCUAACUGGUGUGAGAUGGUAUCUCAUUGUGGUUUUGAUUUGCAUUUCUCUGAUGGCCAGUGAUGGUGAGCAUUUUUUCAUGUGUUUUUUGGCUGCAUAAAUGUCUUCUUUUGAGAAGUGUCUGUUCAUGUCCUUCACCCACUUUUUGAUGGGGUUGUUUGUUUUUUUCUUGUAAAUUUGUUGGAGUUCAUUGUAGAUUCUGGAUAUUAGCCCUUUGUCAGAUGAGUAGGUUGCGAAAAUUUUCUCCCAUUUUGUAGGUUGCCUGUUCACUCUGAUGGUAGUUUCUUUUGCUGUGCAGAAGCUCUUGAGUUUAAUUAGAUCCCAUUUGUCAAUUUUGGCUUUUGUUGCCAUUGCUUUUGGUGUUUUAGACAUGAAGUCCUUGCCCAUGCCUAUGUCCUGAAUGGUGUUGCCUAGGUUUUCUUCUAGGGUUUUUAUGGUUUAAGUCUAACGUUUAAGUCUUUAAUCCAUCUUGAAUUGAUUUUUGUAUAAGGUGUAAGGAAGGGAUCCAGUUUCAGCUUUCUCCAUAUGGCUAGCCAGUUUUCCCAGCACCAUUUAUUAAAUAGGGAAUCCUUUCCCCAUUUCUUGUUUUUCUCAGGUUUGUCAAAGAUCAGAUAGUUGUAGAUAUGUGGCAUUAUUUCUGAUGGCUCUGUUCUGUUCCAUUGAUCUAUAUCUCUGUUUUGGUACCAGUACCAUGCUGUUUUGGUUACUGUAGCCUUGUAGUAUAGUUUGAAGUCAGGUAGUGUGAUGCCUCCAGCUUUGUUCUUUUGGCUUAGGAUUGACUUGGUGAUGCAGGCUCUUUUUUGGUUCCAUAUGAACUUUAAAGUAGUUUUUUCCAAUUCUGUGAAGAAAGUCAUUGGUAGCUUGAUGGGGAUGGCAUUGAAUCUGUAAAUUACCUUGGGAAGGAUGGCCAUUUUCACGAUAUUGAUUCUUCCUACCCAUGAGCAUGGAAUGUUCUUCCAUUUGUUUGUAUCCUCUUUUAUUUCCUUGAGCAGUGGUUUGUAGUUCUCCUUGAAGAGGUCCUUCACAUCCCUUGUAAGUUGGAUUCCUAGGUAUUUUAUUCUCUUUGAAGCAAUUGUGAAUGGGAGUUCACUCAUGAUUUGGCUCUCUGUUUGUCUGUUAUUGAUGUAUAAGAAUGCUUGUGAUUUUUGUACAUUGAUUUUGUAUCCUGAGACUUUGCUGAAGUUGCUUAUCAGCUUAAGGAGAUUUUGGGCUGAGACAAUGGGGUUUUCUAGAUAUACAAUCAUGUCGUCUGCAAACAGGGACAAUUUGAGUUCCUCUUUUCCUAAUUGAAUACCCUUUAUUUCCUUCUCCUGCCUAAUUGCCCUGGCCAGAACUUCCAACACUAUGUUGAAUAGAAGUGGUAAGAGAGGGCAUCCCUGUCUUGUGCCAGUUUUCAAAGGGAAUGCUUCCAGUUUUUGCCCAUUCAGUAUGAUAUUGGCUGUGGGUUUGUCAUAGAUAGCUGUUAUUAUUUUGAGAUACGUCCCAUCAAUACCUAAUUUAUUGAGAGUUUUUAGCAUGAAGGGUUGUUGAAUUUUGUCAAAGGCCUUUUCUGCAUCUAUUGAGAUAAUCAUGUGGUUUUUGUCUUUGGUUCUGUUUAUAUGCUGGAUUACAUUUAUUGAUUUGCGUAUAUUGAACCAGCCUUGCAUCCCAGGGAUGAAGCCCACUUGAUCAUGGUGGAUAAGCUUUUUGAUGUGCUGCUGGAUUCUGUUUGCCAGUAUUUUAUUGAGGAUUUUUGCAUCAAUGUUCAUCAAGGAUAUUGGUCUAAAAUUCUCUUUUUUGGUUGUGUCUCUGCCCGGCUUUGGUAUCAGGAUGAUGCUGGCCUCAUCAAAUGAGUUAGGGAGGAUUCCCUCUUAUUCUGUUGAUUGGAAUAGUUUCAGAAGGAAUGGUACCAGUUCCUCCUUGUACCUCUGGUAGAAUUCGGCUGUGAAUCCAUCUGGUCCUGGACUUUUUUUGGUUGGUAAGCUAUUGAUUAUUGCCACAAUUUCAGCUCCUGUUAUUGGUCUAUUCAGAGAUUCAACUUCUUCCUGGUUUAGUCUUGGGAGGGUGUAUGUGUUGAGGAAUUUAUCCAUUUCUUCUAGAUUUUCUAGUUUAUUUGCGUAGAGGUGUUUUUAGUAUUCUCUGAUGGUAGUUUGUAUUUCUGUGGGAUCGGUGGUGAUAUCCCCUUUAUCAUUUUUUAUUGCAUCUAUUUGAUUCUUCUCUCUUUUUUUCUUUAUUAAUCUUGCUAGCGGUCUAUCAAUUUUGUUGAUCCUUUCAAAAAACCAGCUCCUGGAUUCAUUAAUUUUUUGAAGGGUUUUUUGUGUCUCUAUUUCCUUCAGUUCUGCUCUGAUUUUAGUUAUUUCUUGCCUUCUGCUAGCUUUUGAAUGUGUUUGCUCUUGCUUUUCUAGUUCUUUUAAUUGUGAUGUUAGGGUGUCAAUUUUGGAUCUUUCCUGCUUUCUCUUAUGGGCAUUUAGUGCUAUAAAUUUCCUUCUACACAGUGCUUUGAAUGCAUCCCAGAGAUUCUGGUAUGUUGUGUCUUGGUUCUCGUUGGUUUCAAAGAAUAUCUUUAUUUCUGCCUUCAUUUCAUUAUGUACCCAGUAGUCAUUCAGGAGCAGGUUGUUCAGUUUCCAUGUAGUUGAGCGGUUUUGAGUGAGAUUCUUAAUCCUGAGUUCUAGCUUGAUUGCACUGUGAUCUGAGAGAUAGUUUGUUAUAAUUUCUGUUCUUUUACAUUUAUUGAGGAGAGCUUUACUUCCAAGUAUGUGGUCAAUUUUGGAAUAGGUGUGGUGUGGUGCUGAAAAAAAUGUAUAUUCUGUUGAUUUGGGGUGGAGAGUUCUGUAGAUGUCUAUUAGGUCUGCUUGGUGCAGAGCUGAGUUCAAUUCCUGGGUAUCCUUGUUGACUUUGUGUCUCGUUGAUCUGUCUAAUGUUGACAGUGGGGUGUUAAAGUCUCCCAUUAUUAAUGUGUGGGAGUCUAAGUCUCUUCGUAGGUCACUCAGGACUUGCUUUAUGAAUCUGGGUGCUCCUGUAUUGGGUGCAUAUAUAUUUAGGAUAGUUAGCUCUUCUUGUUGAAUUAAUCCCUUUACCAUUAUGUAAUGGCCUUCUUUGUCUCUUUUGAUCUUUGUUGGUUUAAAGUCUGUUUUAUCAGAGACUAGGAUUGCAACCCCUGCCUUUUUUUGUUUUCCAUUUGCUUGGUAGAUCUUCCUCCAUCCUUUUAUUUUGAUCCUAUGUGUGUCUCUGCACGUGAGAUGGGUUUCCUGAAUACAGCACACUGAUGGGUCUUGACUCUUUAUCCAAUUUGCCAGUCUGUGUCUUUUAAUUGGAGCAUUUAGUCCAUUUACAUUUAAAGUUAAUAUUGUUAUGUGUGAAUUUGAUCCUGUCAUUAUGAUGUUAGCUGGUUAUUUUGCUUGUUAGUUGAUGCAGUCUCUUCCUAGUCUCGAUGGUCUUUACAUUUUGGCAUGAUUUUGCAGUGGCUGGUACCGGUUGUGCCUUUCUAUGUUUAGCACUUCCUUCAGGAGGUUUUUUUGGGGCAGGCCUGGUGGUGACAAAAUCUCUCAGCAUUUGCUUGUCUGUAAAGGAUUUUAUUUCUCCUUCACUUACGAAGUUUAGUUUGGCUGGAUAUGAAAUUCUGGGUUGAAAAUUCUUUUCUUUAAGAAUGUUGAAUAUUGACCCCCACUCUCUUCUGGCUUGUAGGGUUUCUGCCGAGAGAUCUGCUGUUAGUCUGAUGGGCUUCCCUUUGAUGGUAACCCGACCUUUCUCUUUGGCUGCCCUUAACAUUUUUUCCUUCAUUUCAACUUUGGUGAAUCUGACAAUUAUGUGUCUUGGAGUUGCUCUUCUCGAGGAGUAUCUUUGUGGCGUUCUCUGUAUUUCCUGAAUCUGAAUGUUGGCCUGCCUUGCUAGAUUGGGGAAGUUCUCCUGGAUAAUAUCCUGCAGAGUGUUUUCCAACUUGUUUACAUUCUCCCCGUCACUUUCAGGUACACCAAUCAGACGUAGAUUUGGUCUUUUCACAUAGUCCCACAUUUCUUGGAGGCUUUGCUCGUUUCUUUUUAUUCUUUUUUCUCUAAACUUCCCUUCUCGCUUCAUUUCAUUCAUUUCAUCUUCCAGGGCUGAUACCCUUUCUUCCAUUUGAUCGCAUCGGCUCCUGAGGCUUCUGCAUUCUUCACGUAGUUCUCGAGCCUUGGUUUUCAGCUCCAUCAGCUCCUUUAAGCACUUCUCUGUAUUGGUUAUUCUAGUUAUACAUUCUUCUAAAUUUUUUUCAAAGUUUUCAACUUCUUUGCCUUUGGUUUGAAUAUCCUCCUGUAGCUCGGAGUAAUUUGAUCAUCUGAAGCCUUCUUCUCUCAGCUCGUCAAAGUCAUUCUCCAUCCAGCUUUGUUCCGUUGCUGGUGAGGAACUGCAUUCCUUUGGAGGAGGAGAGGUGCUCUGCUUUUUAGAGUUUCCAGUUUUUCUGCUCUGUUUUUUCCCCAUCUUUGUGGUUUUAUCUACUUUUGGUCUUUGAUGAUGGUGAUGUACAGAUGGGUUUUUGGUGUGGAUGUCCUUUCUGUUAGUUUUCCUUCUAACAGACAGGAUCCUCAGCUGCAGGUCUGUUGGAGUACCUGGCUGGCCGUGUGAGGUGUCAGUCUGCCCCUGCUGGGGGGUGCCUCCCAGUUAGGCUGCUCGGGGGUCAGGGGUCAGGGACCCACUUGAGGGGGCAGUCUGCCCGUUCUCAGAUCUCCAGCUGCGUGCUGGGAGAACCACUGUUCUCCUCAAAGCUGUCAGACAGGGACAUUUAAGUCUGCAGAGGUUACUGCUGUCUUUUUGUUUGUCUGUGCCCUGCCCCCAGAGGUGGAGCCUACAGAGGCAGGCAGGCCUCCUUGAGCUGUGGUGGGCUCCACCCAGUUGGAGCUUCCCGGCUGCUUUGUUUACCUAAGCGAGCCUGGGCAAUGGUGGGCGCCCCUCCCCCAGCCUCGCUGCUGACUUGCUGUUUGAUCUCAGACUGCUGUGCUAGCAAUCAGCGAGACUCCGUGGGCGUAGGACCCUCUGAGCCAGGUGCGGGCUAUAAUCUCCUGGGGCACCGUUUCCUAAGCCCGUCGGAAAAGCACAGUAUUUGGGUGGGAGUGGCCCGAAUUUCCAGGUGCUGCCUGUCACCCCUAGAAAGGGAACUCCCUGACCCCUUGUGCUUCCCAAGUGAGGCAAUGCCUUGCCCCUGCUUCGGCUGGCGCACAGUGCACUCACCCACUGACCUGCGCCCACUGUCUGGCACUCCCUAGCGAGAAAAACACGGUACCUCAGAUGGAAAUGCAGAAAUCACCCGUCUUCUGCGUCACUCACUGGGAGCUGUAGACUGGAGCUGUUCCUAUUCGGCCAUCUUGGCUCCUCCCCAUCCUUUUGUUUUGUUUUUAACAGCCAUUUUCUAUUGUUGAUUCAUUUUAGUUUUGGUUACAACUGAAAUCUGUCUUUCACAUGAAAUACAGCUUCUCAUUUGCCUUUCUUCACAAAGUCUGUUCUAACUACACAUUUCACUAGCUUCAGCCUCACACUUGAUGCUGAAGUGAGGAGAGUGCAAUAAAAAUUUGAACAGUUGCUUGGAUUUUUGCAAUAAUAGAUUGUCAGUUGGGGUCAUAUGACUCUCAUGUGCUAGAAAAUACUCUGCUUUUCAGAAUGUAACCCUGGGCACACUGAAUGCAACUGUAUAAAAAUGAACGUGAAUUUUUAAAGGUAGCAUAAUUAAAGUUUGUACAUUUUAACAGUUUAUGUAAAUCUAUCUCAGAGAAUACAUGUAAUUUUCUCUGAGGUGGAUGUUGUGAUACUUGAUCAAUAUCUGUCACCUACAGUAAAUGUACCAUUGGUCUUGGAGGUAUUUCUGUGUGUGUUUUUAGCCCAUUCUCACAUAUUUCACUCCUCGUCUUCCGAAUGAUCCUGUGGUACAGACAUGACCUUCAGUUUCAGGUAGAGAAGCUGACUCGUGGUGAGUAAAUGUCAUACUACGAAUAAGUACUGGAGCCUGAAAUCAAACCUGGACUCAAUUUCAAUACCCAGGUUCCUACUCUUCAGUGGUGCUUCUCAGGUUGAUUGAUAGGAAAACCUCUCACCUUUAGAAAAUUAUACAAAAAUAAACAUUGUGGCUGGAUGCGGUGGCUCACGCCUGUAAUCCCAGCACUUUGGGAGGCCAAGGCGGGUGGAUCACUUGAGGUCAGGAGUUUGAGACCAGCCUGGCCAACAUGGUGAAACCUCAUGUCUACUAAAAAUACAAAAACUAGCCAGGUGUGGUGGCGGGCGCCUGUAAUCCCAGCUACUUGGGAAGCCGAGGUAGGAGAAUCACUUGAGCCUGGGAGGCAGGGGUUGCAGUGAGCUGAGAUUGUGCCACUGCACUCCAGCCUGGGCAACAGAGUGAAACUCCAUCGUCUCAAAACAAACAAAACAAAACAAAAAAAAUUGUGUAGGACUCAGGCUAGAACAUUGAAAUAUAUUCAAAACACCAAUAAUGCAUAUCCUCUUUAUUUGGCUUUUUAAAAUCACUGUUUAUUCCAUUUGGUAGAGGGUUUUAUUUUUUUCCAUACAAAUAUUUGAACAAUUUUGAAUUCCCCAAAACCAUACAUAGACGAUAAAUACCAUGCUAUUAAAGUAUUAAAUUUGUACAAAAAUACUUUACAGUUUAAUACUUGUUUGUUACAAAUAAAAAUACAUAUUUAUGUGACUCAUGA